CUGAAAUUUUGCAAAAAAGUCGCGCACUUGAGUUGUAGUGUUUCGGAAAACACAGACCCGGGUGAGGAGGACAUGAAUUUGGAGAAAGUGCAAGAAAAUAAAGAUGACGUUCUUGCACAUCAAGUUCUACAUCUCUCCUUCAAGGAAAAGCUGACAAGGGCCCGGGAGCAGUUCAUUGAGAACCACCGACAUCUCAGCCUCGGGACAGACACAAACGAGAUGGAGAACAAUGUGGCACUUUACCAUGUAUGCAUUGCAAAGGUACCGUACUUGUCCCAAUUGCAAAUAUGCAUUUACAAAUCUUCUUCUUAAAGGAAAAUCCGCAUUACAAAUUCAAUCUGUAAUGCUAAGUCAAUUUGUGAUGCAAUUUAUACUUAGUACGAUGUUUUUGCAAUGCAUACCAUGACAUUCUACUGGACAUUGAUUCCU